GCGACAUGAGCUAGCUUCGCUCAAAGCAAGCGGCGUCACUACGAUGCAAGGUCAAACAUCCGGCACGGUCCAAUCGCACAAGCCACGCAUCAAAAUUGCUGAACCUCCACACUACUCGGGCAAAGGAAGUCUGGAGGACUGGCUCCAACAACUCGGUAUAUGGAUGCGGUGGAACGAGAUCAACGAUGAUGAACACAAGAUUACCACGGCCUUACUGCACUUGGAAGGUGGCGCGUUCACAUACAUGUCUGAAUAUGCGACCAGAGCAGCAGCACGGCAGGCACUUGGCACAUGGGAAGACUUCGUCAACAUUCUCAAAGUGAACUACAGG